GAUACAGAAAACGAAUGCCGUCUAUUGCCUUCUGCAUUCUACGCGUGCAUACGAAACCAUCUGCACAAGCUCAUUUGUUUAUCUAUACAGAUUAUGCUGCAUUUUGUAACACAUAGUUAACUAUUUACUACUCUUAGACUUUGUGCUUUUUUUUUUGAAACAAUUUUUUUCUGAACACUUGACCUUUAUCCCUUCUCUACGAGGAUUAAGUUCAGCGUAUUAGAGCGAGCCACACCUUCUUUAUUUUUUAUCCGGAAUUUGUUGCUUUUGGCUUGACACGUAUUGCCCUCCACAUGAACUAUGCCAAUGAUCAAUCUCUUCUUGUACAUCACUGCCGCUUUGUUCCAUUCAAUGCCUCGUCUAUUGUCGACUUAGCGAUCAAUGAGGACCAGAGCCUACUUGCUGUGGCGAGGCAAUCUGGACUUGUCGAAAUAUGGUGCAUCAAUGACGACUGCUAUCAGAAUCAGGUUUUUUAUACCCAUAACUUCAUUCGUCGAGUCUACUUUGUCUGGCUGAAAGUCAGCGAUUCAUCAUCUAUUAGUCAGCACGGGAUUUUAACUAUAGGCCUUGAUGGAUAUUUGCGUAUAUAUAACAUAAACAGUUAUGUUCAACUUUACGAGGUUUACGUUGGCUGCGGACCCUUAUGGGACAUGGCCUGGAUACCGAAAACUGGCCCAGCACGGAAACUCGAAUCACAGUACAGCGACUCAGAACUUGACUGCGCAUUUGACAGCUUUUCGAUAAGAUUACCAUUGGCUUUGGCUGGUGAUGAUGGCUCAGUGCGCAUAUUGAAUUUACCUAUUUGGCCAGACAAGUCAAUAUCGUCGCAGCCUGUAAGUACCACCGACCUCAAACAAGAACAGAUUAUCCUCCAAGGUGCACGGUCUAAGGUGCUUUGCAUAGCAGCUAUCGUAUUUAAGGAAAAACACAAUUCCUCAGUGAAUGUGUCAAAAAAUUCGAGUUUACCCGAUUCCACUAUAUGGAUAUGGGCUGGAACACAAGACAGCCAGCUUAUACGUUGGGACGGGCGAAUGUGCACAAAAGAUGGUUCUAUUACCUUUUUACAGUCUACGCCGAGUUUGAUCAUCGACUUGGUCAAAAAUGUCAUCCCUUGGUCUGUUCUGAUACCGUCUCCGCUUUCUGACAAGGCAUCUGAUCAGCUGGUCCAUCGAUUAAUUGUCGGCGACAGUGAGGGGCAACUAACAAUAUGGGACGGCGAAAUGGGUACAUUGAUCCAAACGUUGAAAUAUCACAAGGCUGACAUCACGAGGUUGGCUAUGGAUGCGAGUCAACAAAAAGUCUAUUCUGUAGGUGUAGACAAUACCAUUAUACUCUAUCAAAAAAAGACAGUAGAGCUGGAGCAAAAGUCGAAUGAGAAUGUUCAACAAUGCAAUAGUUCGUGGACUUAUUGUGCGACGCGACGUCCCCAUACACACGACAUUUUAGCGAUUGCCACAGACCAAAAAUGCCUAUACACAGGCGGUGUUGAUACUAAGCUUAGUGUUUGUCAGAUUAAGGAUAUGCUCAGGCUGCCAGGAAGGACCCAUCUGCCGUUUCGACAGCAAGGGCAUGCCAUUGCUACCCUUGUACUUGAGGGUCGGAUGUCGAAAGACGACUCAUCGAAAAAUCCUCUACGUGCCCUAGCAGGUUCAGAUAAAUUGUUGGUGAUGCUAGAUAAACGCAUACAAAUAUGGCAGCUAAGUAAAGCUAGCUGCCGAGAGGUAAAAUCAAACGAACAUCAGCAGACUAAAAAAAGGAAAUUUAAUGCCAUCAUUGAUACACUCGAAGAGCACAAACUUUUGUUAGAACUCAAGUUUCGCAUACAAGGACCUAUUUUGUGUCAUGCAGUUGAAAACCAAAUCAGACGUUUGGCCAUAUCAGAUAGCGCAUGUACCAAAGUAUUUUAUAUCGAACGUUCUCAAAUAGAACAGUCAUUGCUGCUGCCUCAAGCAUAUCAACAGUCACAGGUUUUAAUGGAGAACACAUCUAAUGGCUACGACAAGCAAAAUAUUUUCGAAGUUAAAAAAAAGGUAAUCCUAGAAAACGACGGCUCAAUGAGCUCCUCGACGCAGCUUGUAUUUGCAUCAAACGGUAUUCUCAUAUGUGCCAUUACUCCCUCAUUCGUUAUUCAAUUGUGGGAUACUGCAAGCGAUGAUCUAAAGCCUCAGUUGGUACACACUUUUACAGAACAUAGUGUUCCGCCGUCUUUUAUGCAUGCAUCCUCUUUCCACACAGAUAUAUGGAUACCAAAGCCUAUUCAUUCUCUAGCUCUGUCGAGUAGCAACAAGUAUCUGGCUUCGGCAGAUCUGAAUCACCGUCUAUUUGUCUAUUCGCUCAGCUCCUACCAACUAAUCUGGGCGCUGCCUGUGUUUGAUAGCCAUAUUACGUGCAUGGCCUUUGAUCCAACAGAGGCCUUCCUUGUUGUCUCACUCGUUAGUAACCAGAUUUAUGUUUAUUCAUUGGAGAACAGAGCCCUGAGUGAUUGGAGCCAAAACAACAUAAAUCCUGUCCCGGCAACUGUGACAACUGCUCGAGAAAAAAUUGCCGGAAUCCUCUUCCACCGCCACCUCAUGCUUCUGUAUGGUCAUUCGUUCAUUGCAUACACUCGAGUCAACUUCUAUGGGAAAAAAAGUGUUGCUGUACAGCAAAAAGAUAGCUGGCGUGUAGUCAAAAAGUACCAGCCGCUUUUCGUUGGAUUCACGCAAGACGGGGCGCUUGUCAUAGUCGAACGUCCAUGGAUGAAAAUGCUUCAAGAUCUUCCACCUUCAUUUUACAGACAACGGUAUGCAACCUGAGUUUAUGACACAUCUUUUUUGUACACGAUGUGUACUACGUUUUUGAUAGGCAAGUUUUGUGUUUACGAAAACAGCGAGAAAUGCAAAAAUGAAGAAGGCGGAUCCGCGGCCUUUGCGAAUGAGAUGUUGCUGUGUUCAGCUCUGAAGAAUCUCAAUGAAGAGCGGCUGUCAACGUCUUUUUUUUUUGAAGCUCAACCUUUACACUUCGAAUGCCCUGAUUCAUGUAAAAAUAUUAGAAUCAGCUUUUUAUGUUGUUUUCUGCUUUGACUUUCAGAUAGAGAUCAUUUUGGCAAUUGCAUUUUCGGAACUGGUUUUUUAAUAACUAUUGCGUGUGUGUAUGUCUGUCAGUCUCGAAGUGCCUGCUCCUUCCUACAUUGUAGAGGUAGCUAUUCUGGGAGGGUGUUCUGUUUGUGCGCAUAUAAUUGAAACGAGGCGACAACAUUGAAGUGAGGAGCAGACUUUAAAGACUGCACGACAGUCAAAAAAGACCAGAUUAGGCAAAAUUUGCUAUUGUUUUAUAAUGUCACAAUAGAAAAUGCAGCGCAGAGAAGCAGUAUUGGAAAAGUGCACAUCAGGAUAUCUGGAUGUAGAAUUUUCGUGCCGAAAAAUAGGGUUGCUAGUAACGGCUAUAUGCCUCUCAAAUUAGAAUUUUAAAAUUAUUUUUUUCUGAUUUGAGCCAGUAUAUAUCUUACUUGGUUAGAAGAGAUGUCUUCGCGUAGGAAGCAGGACCUCAAUGUCAUGCCCACUGAAAAGUCGAUGGCAAAGAAAGCUCCAUCUGGCAAAAAGCCAGCGGCACCGUCAAAAAAGCCUUCAACACAUGCCUCUAGUAAAAGACCCGAUCCUUCCCGACGAAAGCGUAACUACAACUCCUAUGCAACAUUUAUCUACAAGGUCCUGAAACAGGUCCAUGAAGAUGUGGGCAUCUCUAACCGCGCUAUGUCUAUUAUGAACUCCUUUGUCAACGAUAUUUUUGAGCGAAUUGCAACGGAAGCCGGUCGAUUAGCACGUUCAAACAAACGACAGACUAUCACAUCUAGAGAAAUACAAACGGCCGUGCGCUUGCUUCUCCCUGGUGAGCUAUCCAAGCACGCUGUGAACGAGGGUACUAAGGCUGUAACUAAGUACACUUCGUCUGGCGGUGCGCCUACAGGCAAAAAAUGAGAUUGCACUCUUUGUAUGAAACACCGUAAUGGUUCAUAUCCUCAUUUCUCCAUAUAAUGUAUACAGAAAUAAAACAAUUCAUCUUUAAAUAA